AUGCCGAAUGAGUCUCUUCGUCUGCUGAUUCUCGUCCGUCAAUCAGAAUGGAAGAAAACGGGAACUGUGACCGAGUAUGAUAGAGCCUUCAAUAAGCUAUCAAGAUAUGCUCCGACGUUGGUGGACAGCGAUGAGAAACGCGCAGAGAAGUUCAGAAACGGACUGCGUCACGAGAUAGCGAUUUCCCUAGCAAGUCAAGGGGGUCUCACCUACGCGCAGACAUUGAGCAGAGCCCUCACUAUUGAGUCAUUGUUGCCAAGGGAGAAAGGAAAAUCCCCCGAACAGUUUGGAUUUGUACCAUCUCAAGAUGGUAGUAAGGGAAAGAGAAAAUGGAAUGAAGGGACUGGUGGAAACAUUGGAAAUGGGAAGAAACCAUGGACGGCAAAUCAAAAUCAGAAUCAACAUCAGAACCCACAACCUCAAGCAAUAGUUCAAACUCCUUGCCCAAAAUGUCAAAAACUCCAUCCGGGAGAAUGUCUGAAAGGAAUGAACGUCUGCUAUAACUGCGGAGAGGCCGGGCAUUAUGUCUCGACAUGCCCAAAGAAGGGAGGAGGAGCACCCCAACAACAAAAUCCUGGAAACCAACAACGACAAAACCAAGGUCCUAGAGGAAAUCAGAACCAACCACGAUACGCUAGGGCCUAUGCCCUUAACCAACACCGAGCAGCAGGAGAUCACGGAAACCUGGCAGGUUGAUUGGUCGGUGCUGACGGGGCAGAGCUGAGGCUAGGGUUCAACUCCGUAUUUUGUCUUCCGCUGUUGCACUAGCUCUUAUUUGUCUUUUGUUUCUCCAACUUAAGACUUUUAUGUUAAAUUCUGAAUUAUGUUUCUUAUCGAGCUUAAACUCUCAACUUCUAGCUCUAUGUUAUUAACGUUGGUUAUCGGAAGCAUGAAACCGAACUUGUGAUCCUAAGGCUUAGAAUGUUGUUGAUUGAUUAAUAUCACUUGA